UGGUAGGGGGCUGAGAUGGCAUUUGGCUUUCCUGGGAAAAGCACGGUGAGCGCUGUGAGAAACGCAGGAGGGAAACGCACACCCCGCGCUGUCCCACUGCGUCUCCCGGCUGUCCCCAGCUCGGGGCAUCCCAAGUUGGUGGUGAUUUCCGUGUGUUCAGAAGUCUUCGGCUCUUUGUGCUCCUGCAGCCGUCCGCUGGCGGGGCCGUGUGAGCUCUUCGUGCACGGAGCACUCUUUGGGGCAGCAGACCUGCGACAGAGAAGGAAACAAAACUGCACAGAAUCUGACAAAAUGGCUCCAGAGGAGAGAAACAAAGAAAACUCUAAGCUGGGAAGAUCGCCAAAAUAUAUGUUAAUUCAGCGUUUUGCGAAACUUUUCUUUGGCUGUCUUGCGGCAGUCACUAGUGGAAUGAUGUAUGCUGUGUACCUCUCCACAUAUCAUGAACGGAAAUUCUGGUUUUCCAGCAGGCAGGAACUUGAACGAGAAAUUACAUUUCAGGGUGACAGCGCCAUUUAUUACUCGUUCUAUAAGGAACUGCUAAAGGCUCCUUCCUUUGAAAGAGGUGUGUAUGAGUUGACACACAACAAUAAGACAGUAUCACUGAAGACGAUAAAUGCAUUCCAGCAGAUGACCUUGUACCCUGAGUUGAUUGCCAGUGUAUUAUAUCAAGCAUCUGGUAGUGAAGAAGUUAUUGAACCAGUGUAUUUCUACAUUGGUAUAGUUUUUGGACUGCAGGGAAUUUAUGUGACUGCAUUGUUUGUAACCAGUUGGGUUAUGAGUGGGACUUGGCUGGCAGGAAUGCUGACUGUAGCAUGGUUCAUUAUUAACAGGACAGAUACAACAAGAAUUGAUUACUCCAUACCAUCAAGGGAAAAUUGGGCUUUGCCAUAUUUUGCAUGUCAAGUAGCAGCUCUCACAGGCUAUUUAAAAAAAAACCUAAAUUGUUCUGCAGAGAAAUUUUGUUACCUUUUGGUGAGUGCUUCAACGUAUACCUUCAUGAUGAUGUGGGAGUACAGUCAUUACCUCCUGUUUCUCCAGGCCGUGUCUCUUUUUCUGCUUGACAGUUUUGCCCUGGCACAGUCAGAGAAGGUGCAUGAAGUGUACAAAAUCUACAUGUUUUCUCUCUUCCUGGGGUAUUUAUUGCAGUUUGAAAAUUCGGCCUUUCUAGUGUCACCAUUACUUAGUCUUGUAGCAGCUUUAAUGCUCUCUAAAUACCUUCAGAUGAAUGUGAAGAAAGGUACAUUUGUGUCAAGAAUGCUGAAAAUUAUGUACAUUUAUUUGGUGCUCACAGUAACACUGACGCUAAACUUGUUACUAAAGAUGUUUGUUCCUCAUAAAGAAAACGAGCAUCUGCUGAAGUUUCUUGAGAUAAAACUUGGCUUAAACACAACUAAGAAUUUUACAAUGAAUUGGCUCCUUUGUCAAGAAUCUCUUCAGGCACCCUCCCAAGACUUUUUUUUGCGGCUAACACAGUCAUCGCUGUUGCCUUUCUAUAUUUUAGUAUUAAUUAUCUGCCUUUUUUCUGUAACUCAGGUCAUUUUUAGGAGAAUUUGUGGUGAACCACUGAAAGAGACAGUUAAACUUGAGGAUGGUCGAAUUGGAGAGAGGCCAGAAAUAGUUUAUCAUGUAAUUCACACAAUUUUACUUGGUUCUCUAGCGAUGUGUUUGGAAGGAAUGAAAUAUCUGUGGACUCCGUAUGUUUGCAUGCUUGCUGCAUUUGGUGUGUGCUCUCCUGAACUUUGGAUGACACUUUUCAAGUGGCUGAGACUGAAAGCUGUGCAUCCGAUACUACUGGCUCUCAUUCUGAGUAUGGCAGUUCCCACAAUAAUUGGAUUCAGCUUGUGGAAAGAGUUUUUCCCUAGGAUAAUGACAGAGCUUUCAGAACUACAAGAAUUCUAUGAUCCUGAUACAGUAGAGCUUAUGACGUGGAUAAAAAGACAAGCUCCUGUGGCUGCUGUGUUUGCAGGCAGCCCACAAUUAAUGGGUGUGAUUAAGCUUUGUACAGGAUGGAUGGUGUCAAGCUUGCCUUUAUAUAAUGAUGAUGAUCUUCUAAAAAGAAAUGAAAAUAUCUAUCAGAUAUAUUCAAAGAGGUCAGCAGAGGAUAUUUAUAAGAUUCUCACAUCUUACAAAGCCAAUUUUUUGAUCAUUGAAGAUUCAAUUUGCAAUGAAGUGGGACCAGUAAGAGGAUGUAGAGUUAAAGAUCUAUUGGAUAUUGCCAAUGGUCAUGUGGUUUGUGAGGAAGGUGACAGUUAUGCCUAUUCAAAAUAUGGACGAUUUUGUCAUGAAAUCAAAAUGAACUAUUCUCCAUAUGUGAAUUAUUUCACUCGAGUAUACUGGAAUAGAUCCUACUUUGUGUAUAGGAUCAACACUGUGAUAUCCUUCCAGUCGUGACAAAGCAUGCAAGCUUUUUUUUGAGGAUUGACUGUGAUGGAAUUCAGCUGGAAAAAUUCCUUUUGAUUAAGAAAAUUAUUUUUACAGAUACACGUGGGUGCAGCGUACUGACCAGUUUUUUGGGUUUGUUUUUUUUCCACCAAACUGGAACUGUUUGAACUCUACAGACCAACUGUUACAGAUGCCUUCUUUGAAGGAGCCAGGAAAAUUUGACAAUUUUACAGUCUCCACAAGAAAGUGUGACAGUCUUCCAUGUUCUUGCAUUUGUCUUCCCACUGUAAACCAUCUUAAUCUUCAUUUAACAGAUAUUUCUAACUUCAGUGUUAGAGAGCUGAUGUGGAUAGACUUUGGAAAAAGUUAUGUUGAAGAGCUCAUUUAAGUCACAUAGUUUCCAUUUUCUAGUAAGAAAUAAGUGGUGUAUCCUAAGUCAUCAAGUGUUUGGGUUUGUUUAAUAUUUCUAAUAUGUUUUCUUUGGUUACUGUGGUUUUUUAUUCUUCCUGAUUUCCACUAUAAACACUGCUUUGUUUAUUGAACACGUUCAUACAUGUUAUGUGUAGGUAAAGUAUUUGUAUAAAUCAAAUAAGGAAGAUGUUAUUUAAACAGUGCCAUAGACUGAGGCACUGAUCUCUGCAUUGUUGGAGACGUGUUGGAGGAAGUGCUUGGACUUGGACGUAGCUGUAGGAGUUGACAAAGUCAGAUUUUCAGUUUGGAAAGAGCUUGACUUCAGGAUUCUUCCAUGCUUACAUAUGUAUGCAUCUGAGCAUACGUGUGUUUUAGCAGCCAUCAGAAUGGGCCAGUAUACAACACUAUGCUGUACUUCAGACAGGUGUAGCAUGAUGACUAGGUUUGCUGCUGAGACUGCUGCUCUUCACUCCUGUGUGCAAGCUGGUGUGUGCGUGUGUGUGUGUGUGGCAAGGGAUGGGUGAUGGUCAUUUCAUUCAACUAAUUAUUUUGUGAUAGAUUAAGGUAGUCAGAACUAAUUUUAAACACUAUUAUCACCAUCAUUAAUCAGUAGUGGCACAGUAGUUCAUAGCUUUUUAUACAUUAAUUAUGCAGCUGUGCUGGGAACUUUGAAAACAUGGGGAAACAUUCUGUAGUCCUGAUUCCCUCCAAAAUUUGCCUUCAUUAUAUGGCCCCAUUUGUCUCUGCAACUUCCUUGAAUUUUCUGUUCAUCCUGUUUUGUUGCUAGCUGAGGUUCAUUCUCUCUUUCAAGAGAAUGAAUGAUGCUUUAAUUCCAGCUCUGGGCCUAAUCCUGGUGUUGUGAAUGGAAAACUCAACAAAAGGUAAUCAGAACUUGGCUGAUGUAGGUGCAGCUGGACAGAAUGCCAGGACUUCAGUUCUGGCAGAGAGUCCUCAUCACCAAGAGUUAUGCAGUUAUGGAUUCUUGUAGCACCUGGCCCAGAGACCAGUCUGUCAGGCAUGUGGGAAUGGUUCUUUGGGAUGCAGAUGUCUUUAAAGAAACAUCUGGCUUAAUAGAAUGAACCUUCAACUGAACAACCAUUCUGUAAAUGAAAGCUGCAAAACUACCCUACUACAUUUGCUGAUUAAAAUGCAAAUUCAGAGGGAUUGACUCUGAAAUUGUUAGGAACUGCAACGUGUUGAUGUGUAUGCAUGAUUCCUAUCUGCUGUAUGCAGAUAUGUUGCUUACUUUACACUGAAAAAUAGUGCUGAUGUUUCUAAACAUCUGUUAUCACUAUUGGAGUGAUUUAAAAGAGAAAAGCUUUACUGUUGUAAAUGUCAACGAGUCCGUAAUCUGUUUUUUUCUUUUAAUCUGGUUAUAUUUUUACGUCUGUGAGUUUAGACCAAGUAUUAAAAUUAUUCAUUGUAUUUAAAACCAGUGCUUAGAUAAACCCAUCAAAAAUACCCGAUUCGAUCAUUGGGAGAAGCAUUUAUCAGCGUAACUGGGUUAUAUGUUGGAAGUAAAUAUCCUUUCUAGGGAUGCAGUCAUUGUGCUCAGGAUAGCGUGCAUGUCUCUCUGGCCAAAAGCAGCCUGUUUAUUUGCUUAUGCACAAGUGUGUAUGUUUUGCUGCACUGUUACAGUUUCAGACUUUUCAAUUACAGUAUCAAGAUAAGCUUGUGAACUAACUUGGGUUAUGGCAGGCAAUCAGGAACCCUGUAUGUGCUAUGGAAUUAAUAACUGAAAGUAAGUGUAGAGUUCUGUGUACAACUUAAAUUUGUUUGAAUCACUGUCUGGAAUUACAUGUCUACGUGUCAGUGAUCUGCUCUCUUGUGGCUGAUUGUUCAUGAGCACUAUUUCAUACCAGCAAUAAGGCAUACCAGGUACCACAUUUCAGGGUUACAAUUGCACUUGGGUGGAUGAAGCUGCUCAACUUAUGGCUUCUUGCCUUAUAAUGCCACACCAAGGUGCAGCGUAUCAACUAUCCUGGACUGCCUGUUGUGUUUUACAGCGACGCUGUGUGCAUGUGUGACCACAUGGAGUGUAGUUUGAAUACUUACAUGUAGAGCACAUAUGUUAAGAGAAACACAAAUGAGGCCAACCGUACAUCUAAGGAAAUUACAUAUGUUGUAGCACAUUGGCCUUCAUACAUGUUUGGAUGAACAUGUUGAACUUUAUUUGAACUGUGACAUAGUUACUAUUAGUUUUGUCAUAAAGAUGUAUUCUUGAUACUUCAAUCGAUUCUGUAUAAAGAGAAUCAUUUAAGAUUUUUACCUUGCUUUUUAUAUUAGAGAAGAUUGUGUUGCAGCAUCAUUGGCGCAGCAGCCUUAAGUAACAGAGAAGGAGCCUUUUGCUGGGGGAAACAUCACUGUUGUCCCGGUCAGAAGGCAUGGAAGAUUCAUAUCUUGUGAAGAAAAUGAUAUUCUUGAAUUUCUUAUCCAGUUAUGGAUUAGCAAAAAUACUGUUGUAUGCUCUAGUGUCCACCUUCUGUGGGAAAAGAUGGAAACAGUAAGUUCUGUGACAUCCCUCGGAAGGACAACCAUGGGGCAUAACCACACCUGACUGGUGCACACAACCCAAGCUCGGUUUUCAACCCAGGUCGUGGGUUUCAGUUCCUCAGAGGUUUGGGGGAAUGUUUUGCAAAUUUUGAUCUGUUUUGCUGUAGAUGUUGCAAUUCAGUUGAAAUAUGUGCCUUGCGAGCUUUUAUUAAACAAACAAACAACUCCA